UAAACGCCCGCCACCGCCCGGCCGGCCACUCUCUCACACCGUAGCUAGCAUCCAGGAGAGGUCGAGGAACGAGGUCCGUCUCCGCGAGUGUGUCUCCGAGCAGAGGCCGCCGGCCGGCUCUGCUCUGGUCGUCUGCAACUACGAUCUCGGACGGCGGCAUACUAGUCCGACAUCCGUCGCCGGGAGACAGCCGCCGCCACGGCGGUGCACCAGGGCAUAAGUAUUUUUUUUUUCAUCAAUCGAUUUACAGUAUGUAGUACUAUUAAAUAAACACAUUAACUCUAGCCGUGAUUUCAGUUUCCUACAUUGGACAAGUGAAGUGUGGUAGCUGCUCACUGACACAAUGGAACUAGUUGACAUUUGGGCGCCCAUCUUGGCCGAUCCUCUUCCAAGACAACAGGCGGAGAUUAAAAUUCAGUCAACAUAUGUAGAUUAUGGCACCAUGGACUUUCAAGCACUCUUAGAAGGACCCCAUGAUUUGGAUAGAUGGCUGAAAGGUGCAUUCAUUCCUACGUACAUAAAGGAGGCGGAUUUAACUCAUGAGAUUGAAUGUAACAUUUGUUCACCAACUAGUGAUCAUGGCAUGAACAUACAAACACCUAUGCCCGCUCCACCGGAGGCGUUGCCUGAGAAAGAGGAGGCCCCUGUCACCACGACUCUCAACGGUGGAGGAGGAGAAGAGGAGGAGACGAGAGAGGGAGGAGGGGCCAUGUACCCGUCGCCUUGUCAGCAAAGAAGCAGGAGGCUUGCGGCCACCGCCACACCGCCGGUGGAGGGGGCAUGCGAUCUACUAGAUUACGUACCAAAAAGUGGUUGGAGGCAUGGAAGUCAUGUGAGAAGUGCACGCGGGAGAGGAACAUGGUCGAUAAACAUGGAACCAUGCCAAAAACAUGGGCCCAGAAGAACAAUGACCAUUGGACAUCUGAAGAGGUGAAAGAACUAGUGGAUGGCAUAUCUGCAUAUGGGGCUAGCCAAUGGGCUAAGUUGAAGAACGAAAAGUUUCCAAUAUCAGUUCGAACGGCGGAGCAUCUUAAGGAUAAGUGGAGAAACCUAGUGAAAGCCUUCACGGGAAAUGUGAAAAGAAGGACCUCGCCUCGUCUAGAUAGGGAUUGCGUUGAAAAGAUCAAGAGCCUAGCAGCUGAUUACCCUCGAAAAUGAAGCUGCACUGGCGAAUGGUACAAGAAAGGUCAUAUGGUACUUCUGGUGUAGCAAUGGCCCAGCAACAAUAGUUAUGUUGUUUUUCAAGAAGUGGGAAGCAUAGGCUGUCAUAGUAAGUGUGUCGAGAGUAGAGAGUAGAUUGAACCAUCUGGAUGGAGCAGUUUCUAUCUCCUGCCUAACUGCCCUGUGAAUGGGAAUAUCACUCGCUCCUCCGACCUGCUGGCUUGCCGGUUUUGCUACAGUGCUGUAAUUAGGUUGACCUUUCAUUAAACACCAUGGCACAGUGUGCCGUAAUUUUACACA